ACCCGCUGUCUUAGCUUCUCUGGUUUUGGUUUAGUACACGUCUGUUUAGCGAAAAGAAAAUGUUUCUUUCAAUAUUAUAAAACAAGCAAAAGGAAGCCAAACAUAAAAUGCCAAAAAAGAAACAGUUCUUUUCUUGAAUUCCUCAAUCAAAAGCUUUGAAAUUAUAUCAUAUCCCACCCACUCUACCCCAACCAUUCCUUGUCUACUUUAUACACAAAAUUUUCACAUUUUGUAGGCUAGAAAACAGGGCUUUAGAUGUGGAUCUCUUCCUGAACUUUCUCUCGGAAAGCUGGAAAGUUAGCGAAGUCCAAUGUGUAAUUAACUAAGAAAAAGCCCAAGUUGAAGUUUUUGCAGGUUAGUUAGAUUCAGCGUACAAUGAAUAGUCCUCGUCCAGAAGAGAAGGUUUAUGUUGCUCUUGGGAUGGAGCUUCAAGAUGGAUUUAAGACCUUGGAGUGGACUCUGCAGAAAUGGAAGUCUCAUCCAAUUUCCAUUACCAUUCUCCAUAUUACCUAUAAUAUUACAAGAGAUUUUGUUUAUACCCCAUUUGGAAAACUCCCUGCAAGUUCUCUGAGUGAUGAGAAACUUGAAGUUCUUAAGAAGUAUGAGAAAGAAAAGAUCAACAAUUUACUUUCCAAGUACAUAGCUUUCUGUGGCAAGGUAAAGGCUGAGAUUCUUCGUGUUGAAAAAAAUGAUAAACCUCUUCAUAAACUAAUGCUGGAUUUGAUUUCUGGGUACCAUAUAACCAACUUAGUCAUCAGUCUCACGAUCAUGAAAUCCUCAUCCUGGAGAUCAAAGAGCGCAAUUGGUGGAUCAUUUUACAUACACCAGAAGAAACCAGAUUUCUGUGAGUUCUUCAUAAUAUGUGGUGGAAAACAGGUUUUUCUAAGAGUAGAAAAUGAUGAAAGAAUCAUGGAAGAUGAUCAAGGACUUAAGGUUGCAAAAAUGAAAGAGAGAGUCAAUUUCAGAUCUCUGAUUGACAAAAUGUUGCCUGAAAGUUUAAUUGAUUCGCGUCGCCGAUCAUCUGCUUCAUCCAAUUUGCAAAAUCAGUGGGAAUAUUGUUGUGAAGAAAUUGAGAAUUAUUUCCAGCAUUUGUCAUCCUUAAAUUUUGAUGAAGAAGAUUGUGAGCAAAUGAUGAAUGAUUCUGUUCAGAUUAGUCCAAUGGAGGCAGAGAUGCAGAAACUUGCAGAGUCUAACAUGAGCAUUACAGAGAAGUUAGAAUCAAUGAGAAAAAAGAAGAGCGAAGCUCACAAGGAAAUCCAACUGAAGAGAAAAGAAGCAGAUUCCAAUAUCGAAAGGCAAAAGAAGGCACAAUGGGCCAUUUGUUUAAGCAAUCGCCGGGCUGAUGAGCUAGAUGUUCUGAUCAAAGAGGAAACCACAAAAAGGGUAGGGUUAAAGGAAGAAUUAGACACUACAAAAGAUUUAAUGUGCGAAGUUAGGACAGACAUUGAAGAAAGCAAGAAGAAGCUAAAUUCACUCAUGGAGCUCCAAUCAGAGCUUUCUAACAAGCUAGAGAUUUCAACCACGGAGAAAAUGAAUGUUGAGUCGCAGCUAGAGAAGGCGGUAGCUACUCGUGCUGAGAUGGUUAGGGAUAUCGGGGAACUGCGAAGACAGAGAGACGUUCUUCGCCGGAGAGUUGAGUUUUGCAGAGAAAAAGAUGCCAUUGGAAUGGCUGUGAGGAUGAGUGAACCUGGGUGUAGUUUUAGGGAGUAUAGCGCGGAGGAGAUUAGAUUGGCUACUGAUGAUUAUUCGGAGCGUUUGAGGUUGAAAUCUGGAGGUGAUUUGACUCAUGUUUAUAGAGGACGCAUCAGUCACUGUACUGUGGCCAUCAAAAUGAUCAACUCGUCUAGUGCAUUUUCACGGGAAGAAUUCCAAGCUCAGGUGGAGUUUCUUAGCCAUGUCAGACACCCACACCUGAUUCCAACCUUGGGUUUCUGCUCCGACCCUAAAUGCAUAGUCUUUGAAUACAUGCACAAUGGCAACUUAAGGGACAUAGUCCUUCACUCUCGCAUAAACUCUGCAAAGAGAAGCCCACCCCUCUUGUGGCACCAACGGAUCCGCAUUGCGGCCCAGAUUUUCUCGGGCCUGAGCUUUCUUCAUUUGGCCCAUCCCAAGCCCAUUGUUCAUGGGUCUCUUGACCCAUCCAACAUCCUCCUCGAUCGCAAUCUUGUUGCAAAGAUUAGUGGUUUUGGACUGGCUCAAUCCAAGGGAGAAUGCCAUGUUGGAUCGGAUAUACGAGCUUUCGGAGUUUUGCUUUUGUAUCUUUUAACCGGGAGGAAUUGGGAUGGACUGGUUGAGGACAUGAUGCUUAGUGAUAAGGCGGCCCUGGUUCGGGUUUUAGACGAUACGGCUGGACAAUGGUCAUUGGACCUGGCCCAGAGGCUUUCUGGGCUGGCAUUGAGAUGUUUGUCCAUCAAUCAAGGGUCUGAUUCGGAUGUAAAGGUUGGGACCCUAAUGGAAGAGCUUGAGGAAAUGAGGAAGGAGGCUGAAGGAUUGGUCGAGAAAGCAGGAAGAGAGGUGGUAGUGAGUGGUGGAGUUGAACAACGUGAGCAAGAGUCCAGUGAUGUGCCCAGUGUUUUCCUCUGCCCAAUAUUUCAGGAGGUGAUGGAGAAUCCAUGUGUAGCAGCAGAUGGAUUUUCAUAUGAGCAAAAAGCGAUAGAGGAAUGGCUGAGGAUGGGAAGAGAUACUUCACCAAUGACAAACUUGAGGCUCAAGCACACAUUGCUCACCCCAAAUCACAAUCUCCGUUCUCUUAUACAAGAUUGGCAUGCUAAAAGAUCCAUUGUGUCUCCUUCAGCAUUGUAAAUAAAGACUUUGCUUUUCUUUUUCACUUUUUUUUUAAUAAAAAUUUAUUAUUAUUAUUAUUA